UCACCGCGGUGUUUACACUUUUACUUCAGUUCCAAACCUGCUCUGAGCAGCGGCGCUCCCGCCUGCGCUGCUCCUGCACCUCAUCUGACAUUAUCUGUGGAUCAGACCGUGUGUGCAUGAGCGCGAGGGUGUAACUCACCGGGGCCGUCUCCAGGCACGAGCCGGUCACUGUGCUCUCAUUGUGAAAGCAUUCCCGGGGCAGUGACAGCCAUGGCAGCGGCCACCGUGGUGGAGGCUGACCCGUCUGCGAGCGAGGCUUCUGCCGCCUUCUCCGGAGUCCUGGGCCGGGACUGGGACGAGUCUCAGCUGCGCCAGUACACCUUCCCCACUAAAGCCAUCCCCCGGCUGUCUCACGCGGACCCCCGGGCCGAGGCGCUCAUCAACAACGAGGAGCCAGUGGUGUUGACAGACACAAACCUGGUGUAUCCUGCUCUGAAGUGGGACAUCGGGUACCUCCAGGAGAACAUCGGGAAUGGGGAUUUCUCAGUUUACGCCUCAGAGAACCACAAAUUCCUUUACUACGAUGAAAAGAAAAUGUGCAAUGUCCAAAACUUUGUCCCCAAGUCCAGACGAAUGGAGAUGAAAUUUAAUGAGUUUGUGGAGAAAUUGCACGAAAUUGAGAAACAGGAGGAAGGCGAGAGGGUGUACCUUCAGCAGACCCUCAAUGACACGGUCGGGAAGAAGAUCGUGGUGGACUUUCUGGGUUUCAACUGGAACUGGAUCAACAAGCAGCAAGCCAAGAGAAACUGGGGCCAGCUGACAUCCAACCUGCUGCUCAUCGGCAUGGAGGGGAAUGUGACGCCUGCACAUUAUGAUGAGCAGCAGAACUUUUUUGCACAGAUUAAAGGUCAUAAGCGAUGCAUCCUCUUUCCUCCAGACCAGUUUGACUGUUUGUAUCCUUACCCUGUGCAUCACCCCUGUGACAGACAGAGCCAGGUGGACUUUGAAAACCCAGACUAUGAAAGGUUUCCUAAUUUUAAAAAUGUAGUUGGUUAUGAAGCUGUUGUAGGUCCUGGUGAUGUCCUCUAUAUCCCCAUGUACUGGUGGCAUCAUAUUGAAUCCCUGUUAAAUGGUGGUAUUACAAUCACUGUAAACUUCUGGUACAAAGGUGCACCUACGCCCAAGAGGAUAGAGUACCCACUGAAGGCUCAUCAAAAAGUGGCCAUUAUGCGGAAUAUUGAGAAGAUGCUCGGAGAAGCACUAGGAGACCCACAUGAAGUCGGACCUUUACUUAAAAUGAUGAUCAAGGGGCGAUAUGACCAGGAGUCCAGCUAAAGCUUACCAAUGAGGUGAAACCACUAUAGACUUGUGAAGAGGCUGCAUUCAUGUGCUGCUGUGUAGGAAAAGUAGGGUAUUAAUGAAGACUAUGGAGCUACACGUCUGUGCGUGGCAUUAAACGGCCAUUUUGAAUCCCCUGCUUUACGUUCCAUUGUGUCAUCACUACAGAAGAUACUCACUGGAACCGGCCUGAUUUUGAUGCCUAAGAAGCAUCUUUAUUUAAUUUUAAGAGGCUGAAUCACUGCAUUUGUCAGUGUUGAAUUAUCACUAUAUCAUUUAUUACUGGUACAUAUGGAGUAGUCUUUAUUGCAUAUUGUAUGAAUCUUUCUCAUGACAACUUGAUAACUGGUUCAAAUCAAAGUGUUUUUUGAAGUUAUGUAUUUAUCUAUGUAAGCAACAUUUUUCUGUUGGCGCAUUAAAUGGCUUAAGGGAGUGAUUGUAAUAACUUUAGCGGCCAUAAAGGUUCAUAAAACAUUACAUUUAUAUAGUCCAGUAUGUAGGGAAGCAAUUUAAAAUAGCACAUAUGUUCAGUUUGAGGAAUAUAUAGUUUAAUUAAAUCAGGACAGAUACGGUUGUUUUUCAGACUACACUCCUUUUCAGAUUCAUGUUUGACUGACUUCAACAUUAAAUGAAUUGUAGAUAGCUGUUGAUUUACUCCACCCAUGUAAUAAUUUUUGAGCAGAAACAACCUCUGAUGUCAAGGCCAUACAUUUUGGCAGUAGCAGCAUGACACAACUGUAGCUUAAGUACACAGCCAAAUACUUCACUGUAGACACACUCCAGUGUUUUCAUCCACAGUGAUGCUGUCCCAUUUUGUUCUUAUGAUUCCCGCCACAUGUAAUGUUCACGUUUCAUUUUCAUUUCAUACUGUACUUAAAGUAAGUAGGUUAUAAUUCUAAAACCAUUUGUAUACACAAGAGAAAAAAGGUAAUUGUGUACAUAAAAUAUCUGGUCCGAUUUGUUUUUGUGCCAAUCUUUAUGAAAUACUUGCAAAGACUCCAAAAGACAGGAUAUAAACUCACUUUUCCACACUGAAGCAGUGCUACUUCCAUUAUAAACCUGAGGUUUAACUGCUUUUGAAAAUGUUUACUGUGUGCCUUGCAGAACAAAUAUGGCAGUGUUGUUCGCAGUUGAUUUUGUUAACAUAUUAAUGUUGUGUUGUUUUCAUCAAGUGUUCAUUAACAUGAAGAACGUGUGCGUUCCCUAUUCCAUUUGGAACUGAAGUCAUGGAUUUUCAUUCCUGGAGAAUUUCUACUGCAUGUUGCUUAAUAAAAGACAAAAGAGAAAAUAAA